UGGUGGCCCUUAACAACCCCAACACUAACGAAAACAACAACAAUGACAAAGAUUAUUGGGACACUUGGCAGGCAGCAAGGAGGAGGAAGUAGAGCACUGAUCUAGUUAACUCUAGGCAUGAACCUAGCUAUUUCAAGGCGCCUCACCUCGAUAAAUCUAGUGUAGUCACCAGGAACCUUCAAGUAAGGUGUACGUCUCUUUAAAAUACUAACUCACGUUAUCAGGGUUUAUCAAGUACAUUGCUGAUCCAGGGAAAAAUAGGAAAAUGCUUGGACUGCACGCUCGGAAUUGUUCACUGAUGUUAGAAAGACACAGUGUGGAAAUUUUGCCAAUUUGUGGCUUUGCAUCUGAAUCAACAAGCAGUGCAUCGGUGAUCAGAGAUAGAAAGAGUAAAAAAUCCAAGGAGAAAGAGAUUAAUCAUACUGCAGUACCGAUUGAUCCACAGGAAGUAAAGUGUGACUGCAUUGGCCCACCUGACCCAGAAUCUAACUUGAGGAUUACCAAGUUUUACAUCCCACCAAACGAGACUCCUCUUGAACGCCAGUAUCGAGAUGCACGCUUUGAAACACAAGAAUGGAAUCAGACGUUUUGGAAAGAUCAUAAUACAAAAUUUAAAAAGUUGAAGGAAGAGUUCAUUAGAGUUCGUUUAAGGGAAAAGUACGGAAAUGACACAAAGGAUCGCAAAAGCCUAUCAGCAGAUGAAAUGUCAGAGUUUUAUAAGAAAUUUCUGGAUGACCAUCAGGAGGUGCAUAAGGAAUAUAACAGAGAGUGGUACAAAAAGAAUGCUAAUAAUCUUCUCUUGGCAACUAGAGUAUAUUUUCAACAGAGGGGAAACAAGCAAAGAUGAACAUGCAGUAGUGGAAAAUAAUAAUACUGUAUGUACAAAAUUAUGCAGAAAAUAUGCAAUGCUUAUUUUAAAUCAGAGCAUAGUGGUACCUCAAGUUUCAGCCAUAAUUUGUUCCAAAAGGCUGAGUGCCAUUACCGAACAAAUUUGUUCCCUUAAGGAAUAACGUAAAUUAGAUUAGUCCGUUUCAGACCCCAAAAAUACACUUACAAAAGCACGUACAAAAAUACACUUACAUUAUUGUUCGAGUUGGGAACUGUUCGAAACUCGGGAUACCACUGUAUUUUAAAAUCAAGUACAUGACCUAUUGGUUCAUUCAUGAUCCUUUCAACUUUCUCUUUUGUCCACAUUUAUGGUUUGUCUUUAGUCUGUUUUGAUUUUGAGAAAUAAAUAUUUGAUAGUUGUGUGAACAUAUAUUCAAAUAAUUUAAAUUAUUUAACUAUUUAGAUUACCAUGUUAUUUUAGAGAAAACAGAUUUGGUUAUUAUUUGGUUUUAAUAUGCUUGAGUGACCAGCUCUGAGGCACAUUAUCUUAGUAACUGUUAUUUUUGAAUGUAUGUUAUCGUGAAGUCUUCAGUCAUUUUCUCUCUUUUAACAUGUCUACCAUUUCCUACCAAGGUACAGCAGCUUGAGGAAGGAAAACAACAUUCAUCAUUUGUGCUUGAGUUGCCCUCUAUAAUAGCAAGGGAAUAAUGGUGAAUGUGCUUUUUUUUCUUUAGGUCAUUCUGCCUUGGAUAUAAAACUGCUGGCAGAGAAAAGAUGGUAUAAAAAAAUAAAUAGACAGUAGUACUGAGGAAUAAGGCUUGUGUGGGUGGCAGUUCACGACUAAUCUGCAUAUUGGAAAUAACUACACAACAUCACAGAAUAAAUCAUUCGACCUUCAUUCCCUACAUGUGGGUUGUAAAUUAUUGAACUAACAGCGAGACUUAUGCAGAUGUUACCAAGUUGAACGUGCAUAGGUUUUAUCAAGCGUGUGGGAAUUUUAGAGGCUUGGACAUACAACAGAUGUGUGUGAGCAUGUUAGAUAGUGAGAAGCAACUUAUGAUUUGAUGUGUGAGCAAAGUAACACUUAGGGAUUCAGCAAAACUGAUUAGUCAGACUAGAGUCCUGGAGGUGAGAAAGGCAGUGCAUGCACCCUGAAGGAAGGGUGGGAAUGUCGCACUUGGAGGCAUAAUCUGGUUAUGGCUGCACAUUUCUGGAAAGAUGAAGAUUUGAAUGUUGGUGAAAGUUUUCACCAACCUUCACCCCUGUCUUGGCAGGAGAUGAAUGUCGAGUUAAAAAAAAUGAUUAAUUAAAUAUACAUAUAUUUAUUAUCUUAUCUAUUUUAUAUAGACCCUUGUGGGUUAGCACUUAGUUGUGAUUAUUGUAAUACAUAUAUACUUUUUAUCUAGUAUACUUUCCUGUUUAACUUAGUCAUAUUAAAAUAUUCCUUUAUUAUUGUUCAAAGUUUUACCCAACUAAACCAGUCCUAGCAACUUCUCUUGCUUUAGUAAUAUGAAUUUUGUCUAUGGAUGUUCAUGUCAUAUUCAAACUUAUUUAUUUGAGUACUGUUACUAUUUUAAACUUACAAAUGACAAGUAUUAUUGAUAAAUAAUUUAACCUCACUGCUCUGGAAAGCGAGUGUGCAGCGAUGUACAUGUGGAUUUGAGGCCCAUUGCAGCGAGGUUGAAUAUUUUGAAGUUACUGUACAGUGUAUUAAAUUUGUUUUAUAAAUUAUAAUAAAUUUAAAUCAGAGAUUAA